AUUGCUGUGAUUGGUGCGUUCAUGAUUUCUACAAGCUUGGUUGCAGUGCGGCGGUUGUUGGUGUAGCUGCUGUCAGAAGUCAAGCAUCGCAGCUCGCUGUUGCAAUGCAGUUCCUGGGGCGUCUUUUGGACACCGUCUCUUCUGUAUCAACCCUAUUCACCAACCCUUACCGGGUGAGAGAUGUGCCGCUGUCCGACUAUGGUGGGGGAGGAAAGGUCAAGCUGAAACAAGACGGACGUCUGGUUCUGUAUAAGAAUGGCCAAUGCCAAUCAUGGGACUGUGUGCUUUUGUGCCCUGAAACGCCUACGGCGGCCCUGAGGCUUUUUCAGGUGGCAUCAGAGGAGGAUGCCAUGAACUGGUUCCCACAGUACGCUCUCAAACUCCCUCCCUUCUACGAAACACUCCCGCCAAUGAAAGCAGAGACGGCACAGAUGAUCGUAGACUGCCUCCGCAACCACCCGGAUUGGAGCGCCGCUCACAUCGCGGUGGAUACGGGGCUAAGGGAGUGCCUCAAGCAUAACUAUGUCCAAAGUCAGAUCAACGCUCGGGAUGUGCUGGGUCAGACACCGCUGCACCUGGCGUGCGAACGAAGCGACUCGGUGUGUGUGAAGGAGCUGCUGGACGAGAGCCAGGCUCGCACGGACAUCAGAGACCACCAAGGAGACACGCCAAUGCACUUUGCUGCCAAGCAGGACUCCCCUGUCAUCGUCCAGGUCCUGUGCUCGCGGUUGUGCUCCGGGGUGGACGAACUCAACAACAACGGGGAGACACCACUCCACGUAUCUUGCCGUCUAGGCAGGGUGGAAGCCGUCAAAGCACUCCUGGGGGGCGGGGCUAAGUGCAAUGUCCUGGGCGGAGUUGGCUACCCAAUCCACACCGCCAUGAAGUAUAGCGAGAAGGGCUGUGCAGAAGAGGUCCUGAAUGCGGAUCCUGACCAGUUGCAUGCUGAAGACUCGCUGUAUGGAGGCACACCCCUCCACUGGGCAAAAACAGCCGAGAUGUGUCGCAUGCUGCUGGAGAAGGACUGCUCCAUCAACUACCUCAGCAAGACUGGCGAGACCGCCCUCCACGUUUUGACCAGGAAGGGUCGCUUUGAGGCGGCCAUGAUUCUACUCACCCACGGCGCCAACGCCAACCUGAAGGGGCAGGACGGCAACACGGCGUUGCAUCUAGCCAUGAAGAUGGAUCACAUGGAAUUGAUCAAAGCUCUGAUUGUGUUCGGGGCCGAUGUGGAGAUCCACAAUGACUUGGGAGAAACGCCGGGACUGAUCGCUGCUCGCACUAGCAAAGGUCCCAAUAGGAAGAUACUGCUGGACAUGCUGUGUAGUGUAGGUGUGCAACGCUGCCUGCCUCCCACCCCUGGCAGCCUCCCCCCGCUGUCCAACAAGGCUGUAGCGCUGGGCAUAGGCUUUGAGGACCUUAUGCACAUGGGAGCUGCCAUCACCGCAAUGAACACAGGUACAUCACAAGUGGACGGUACCAACAAACAGAGGAUGGAUAGACUGCUGUGUCUGGAUGGAGGAGGCAUCAAAGGCCUGGUUCUGAUCCAGAUGCUUAUCGCCUUGGAGAAAGAAGCCGGCCGCCCCACAAGAGAACUCUUCGACUGGGUGGCUGGCACCAGCACCGGCGGAAUCCUGGCCCUGGCUAUAAUCCACGGAAAGUCCAUGGAGUACCUCCGCUGCUUGUACUUCAGGAUGAAGGAGCAGGUGUUCAAAGGGUCUCGCCCCUACGAGUCUGCCCCUCUGGAGGACUUCCUGAAGAAAGAAUUUGGGGAGAACACCAAAAUGACAGAUGUCCAGUACCCCAGGGUGAUGGUAACCAGUGUUUUAGCAGACCGCCACCCAGGAGAGCUCCACAUCUUCAGGAACUACGACCCACCCUCCGUCCAAAGAGAGCCCCCCUACGCCACCACAGCCACUUUCAAACCUCUCACCAUCCCACGGGAGCAACUUGUAUGGCGAGCUGCCCGGUCCAGCGGUGCCGCCCCCACAUACUUCCGCCCAAUGGGACGCUUCCUGGACGGUGGGCUGUUGGCCAACAACCCCACGCUAGAUGCCAUGUCAGAGAUCCAUCAGUAUUACAAAGUUAUAAAAGCAGAGGGCGACGGAGUUGAAAUCAAGAAGCUUGGUCUUGUUGUUUCCCUUGGCACUGGGAAGCCUCCCCAAGUGGCGGUGAGUUCCGUAGACGUUUUCCGACCCUCGAACCCUCUGGAGUUGGCCAAGAGCAUCGUGGGAGCCAAGGAGCUGGGCAAGAUGCUGGUGGACUGUUGUACCGACUCAGAUGGCUGUGCAGUGGACAGAGCUAGAGCCUGGUGUGAAAUGACAGACAUUGUCUACCACAGAUUGAGCCCACAGCUUUCUCAGGAGGUGAUGCUGGAUGAAGUCAGUGAUGCCGUUCUGGUGGACAUGCUGUGGGAAACUCAGUUGUACCUUUACGAGAAGAGGGACGUGCUGCAAUCCCUUGCCAAAGCGCUACUCUUGGAGAACUAAAAAAAAAAAAAAGGAUGCAGACACACUCAUGAGGGAUCAUUGCGAGAUCACAGGCAUGUUUUGAAGGUCUUCAAGGUCUUCUGCAGGUAUGUGACUGGUAUACUGGCGUAGUAUCAAACCUGCGAAAAAUAAGCUUGCCUAACAACAGGUCGCACCUUCCAUUCUUAAUAGUUUUGUGUGUGCAAUGUUUGAUUUAUCACAUUAAUAUUCCUCUUAUCCAUUGUGAUGUCAUCUUGACAAAAUAUGAUGCUGCUUGUGUGGUGAUGAGGAGGAGGAAGCAGCCUUUUUCCACUUGAUCUCCACAUGUUAUUAUUUACUGACUUCAGGUCCCAAGUUCUCUUUAUGACCCUCGUACCACUAUGUACCUCAUUUUACCUGAUGUUAUCUUUUAUUGACUAUAUGUUUAUUAUUCUGGUCGGCGCUUGAACUGCAUCAUACUGAGGGGUGUUUGAAACAUUUUGGUGACCCGCAGCUAAAAUGUUGAAACUAAUUGUUGUUGUCUUUAGUUUACUUGAGUGUUAAUACAAUGUAAAUCCAAUCUGUAAAGACAGGGGUUUUAAUGAAGUUUUUGGGAAUUAAUUUCUUUAGUUUGAUGAACACAAAAGAAUACUUCAGUUACCAACUUACUUGAAAGUGAAGCAUAAGAUAAACUGGACACAAGCUACUUUAUUAUUCCAUUUUGUAUACUUGGAUAUUUAAAAAGCACAUAUUCGGUAUUAUUGAAUUUUAAUGUUGUAUAUCCAAUAAAAAUACAUUUAUGUCAAAUAGAAAUGACAGUCUGGCAUGACUUAAGCACAUUUUAUUUCAUGUUUUUGUUUACUAAAGGAAAAUAAUAAUUAUGCUAUUUGGAAUCAAACCAUAGACAAAUAAAGGUAUAUGUACUUAACCAAUGUAAAACUCCAACAAUAAAAUAUGUCAUAAAAACAGAAGGUCUGCUUUAAAAUAUGUACUUUAAACAAAGCGAAUUUAGAGGUCACAGUAAAAAGAUGAAAAAAUAUUUGUGAUGUCAUACUUGGAGCGUAUAGUUUGUUGUGAUGUUUUCUCCCCUGCAGAUGGCACCAGUGAUCAAUAUUCUGAGUCCUGUCCAGAGUGCAAUAAAACCCCAAUGGUGUUGGAUGUACUGUAUGCUGCUGUGGAUUUCUGUAGAUUAUUUGUCAAAAAAAGGCUUGGAGCAUAACACUAACCCGGAUUUGAACUGGGGACCUC